AGGUCAUUCAUGAGGAACAUCAGAUAUACAACCCGCAGACGUUCCAGCGCGGGGGGAGUAUGUUCGCUGUGACACAAUCAAAACCAGUCACCAGAGCCAAUCAGAUUCCUUCAACGACAAUUGAAACUGGUGAAGAAUCUCCACCAGGUGACUUUGAUGAUGAACAAGACUAUGUAAACAUCCCAGAAGUUCCAACAGCAAGUGCAGAACAUACAUAUGUAGCUCCAAUCGCAAUCUCAGUGUAUGAAAAUGAACAGACAGAAAAAAAACCUGAUGUUCCUCCGGCUCUGGAUGUCUAUGCAAACGUCACACUGCUGCCAGUAAAAGAAGACGAGGACGACUACGAGAACGCUGACUAUCUGGAGCAAGUUGUGCACGAGGAAGACAAACGUUGGAGUUUAGAGGAACCGGAUUAUGUGAAUGAAAACGGGGACUGAAACCUGACGAAGACUCCAGGAAACAGCAGUCACAACUGUUUGAUGUACAACAGUUUUUAUUCCUCAUACAUGUUUGUGUGAUGUUCAGCUGUGUGAAUAAAAUAACUGAAGCUGUAAAAACUCCAUUAAACUCCAAGAGAUCAAAUGGAAAAUAUUAAGAACUUUGUGUGAGCUUUAAAGAUCCCAAUCAGUCUGUUUGGAACAAUAACGUGUGUCUGUUUUAUUUCCACAUUAAAAUCCAUAAAAAGUCAUCUACUCUCUUCUACCUCAUUAAAAACUCCAUCAUCUGUGAAAUAUGCAAAUUGUG